ACGGCGGCUGGUAACGUCCUGGCGCUUCACCCACUUGUUCUCAUGGAAACUGAGAUCCAUCCGCUUCAACAAUGGCGUCCGAAGUGCAGGAAGGGGACGGAGCUCCCUCUUCUGACGACACAAGUACACAAGAAGGAGGGACUGACAAGGUUUUAAUGACGGAACAAGAAACAAAACAGAGUCACAAUGACAUCCCCGAGGCCACUCCGGAACAGCAGGCGGCGGACCAGGAAAUUCGGCGGGAGCUCACCUCAGCAGGGACCGACAAGGGAGGGCCAGAUAUCUGGGACGAAGAGUUGAGGGACGAAUUGUUAGGGUACCAGUCACCUAUGGAGGAUCCUUACACGCGAGCGCUCAAAUACCUGGAAAAACACCAGGUCAUGGAACUGUUCAAGGGUCUCACUGCCAACAUUGUUUACGACCGUCCAGCCGACCCACUGCAGUUCAUGCUGGAAAAGGUAGAGGACAUGAUAAAAGAGCGCGAGCAGAAAUGGGCAAAGGAAGUGGAGACGCAGAAGAAAGAGCAAGAAGGCUCAUGACUCGCAUCAUACAUAAUCUCCCAUUUCUUACCGUGUAGGAUGACAAAACAUGGUCUGUGGUUGGCUCAGGACUUUUCUUUCGGUGUGAUUGUGAAGACAAUUGCAUUUUGAGCACAAUAGUGACAGAUAUCAUGGUGGACAUUUUGCACAAUUUUUCAGCAGUCAUUUUUGAAGGUAGAGUUUCACUGUCAUAUCUUUGCAUUCAAUAUUAAAUAAGCUGCCAAGAUAAUCGGGAUAAUUUAUUCAUAUCAGCAGGAAAUAGGGAAAGCAUCCCUUGCAAAGAGCAAACAUGACCCUACAUUUCUUUCAAAUCUGGGAGUUGUGAAGAAUGUAAAUAUACUGACAUACCUAAUCAUGUUGUUGAAUCAAAUCAGAGGACAGUGUUUGUUCAAAGCCUAUGUGAAAUUCAGGUAGGCAUUACAAUCAGUUGGUUUCUGUCUUAAUUAUGUUACAGGGUAUGUGUAGAAAAAAUGACAGAAGUCAUCCAAAGCAUUACCAAUUUGUUUUAUUGUAUUGUACUGUGGCUUGCUCAUUACGAAUAAAUUUAUACAUGCCUUGA